UUAUUAAAAUAUUGACAAAAUGGAUACCUUGCUUGACCUCAGCCAAUUUGAGAAGGAGGCCUUCCAAACAAUGGUGAGGAAGGACGAAUACUUCAAAGCUAAUUCAACUCCAUUGUUUAAUGAGUGAUUUAUUAGCCUCACAUCUUCAGGUAUGACGAAGUCCAAGAACCUUGAGCACCUGAUGAACCCAGAAUUAGCAGAUGCAGAAACAGGAGAGGAUAAAUCUGUCACCAUUUCGACAUUAAUGAGCUUCUGCUCGAAUGUCUUGAAAAAUAACCUGACUGAUGACGAGUUCCAUACAGUGUUAGAUGAGAUCUCUGGGAUCCCUGGAGCUACAAAGGGUGAGAUUUUUGAAGGCUACCAAGAAAUCUUAAAACGUUUGCAUUGCAUUGAUAAUGCCUACGAAGAACCAGAAGAAGCUCUAAAUUAUCCAAAUUAUAAGAAAUUUCCUCUAAAAAUGGGCUUAAACGAGGAUCUGUUAUCCAGUCUUAACGGUAAACUAGCAGAUGUUUCAUGGAGGGUCUUCUAUACACUCAACACUAAAAGUCUUAAUAAGGUCUAUAAGCCAAUGUUUGUGGUAACCCUCAAGGUAGUCACAGAUGGAUUUGGUCUAGGUGGAGCCUGGAAAGAAGCAAAUGAUGAUUCAUAUGCUGAAAAACAAGACAUAAAGAUCCUAGAAUUCCAGUGCACACAAGAAGAGCUUACAUAUCUCCUCAAUGAGGUUAAAGCAGCCUGAGUGAUGGCAGAAAAGAGGAUUAAGAAGGAUCAAUAACUAGCCUUAGCAAAUUUCAAUAUUUAA